AUGGCACGGAAAGGGCAGGUUUCUAUUCAAGAUAACAUCGAUAAUAAUGAAGACUUUGAAGCAUAUUUACAGGCACACUUCGAACAAUUAAUUUGUAUGGAAGUGUAUUCAGAUUUCUGUGGUUUCUGUUUGGCGACAGGAAACGCCAUAAGAAAGGGUAAACUAGAGAUUGGACAGGAUCGUAUCGCAAUGGUUAAGGCAUUAGCGGAUAAUGUGGAUGCUCUGUCAAGAUUCAAAGAUAAGAGUGAGCCCGUGUUUCUAUUUAUUCACAGAGGUAAACUAACACGGGCAAUGUUUGGCGCGAACGGCAUUGAAUUGUGUCGGAUCAUUGAAGAGGAGCUGAGCUUGAUGCAAAAAGAAGCUACGAUUGGACUUAAGAGACAUAAGCAGGAUAUAACGGAGUUACUGCCUGAAGAAGCUGCCAAAAUCCAAGCCGAUCUGAAGCUAGAAGAACAAGCUCGUGAAAACGUGGAACGAUUGCGUAUUCUUACGUUAGCGGCGAGAAAAAGACGUGUGAACGACCGACUUGCUGCUCACAUCCGAAGAAUUAACUUCAUCAUGUUUUGGCCUCACUGCCAUAAGGCGCAUUACGACCUGUAUGAGAAAUGGGAUAUGAUUAACAUACAGGUGGCCGCAAAAGAAACGUUCAUAGUAACCGAAGAAGGGGCUAAAGAGGCGCUUUAUAUGAGCGACGUUGAACCAAACGAAGCCUGUCUCCAUGCGUUGAUGACUGGUGAAACCUUGGUCGUGGUCUUCAAGAUGUUUGAUACUGAUCAUCGGGAUUUUGUCAAAUUACUACGCCAUGCCCUAUAUGAAGAGAUACCGGUUCCAAAAGAGGACGUGCCUCCCGAAAAACAGUUGCCCCCAAUUCCUGCCUACGAACGAUAUGCCACUAUUAGUAAGACGGCAAGGGAAGUACGCCGUGAGAGAUACGAAGCCCGCAUGCAGAAAUUGCGCGAUGAACGCGAGGAAAGGGAGCGGCUAGAAGCAGAACAGGCACGGCUUGCAAGAGAGGCGGAGGAAGAAAGACAGAGACUAGAAAAGCAAAGACAAGAAGAAGAAAGAAUGGCUAGAAUACAGGCUGGGUUACCAGCUGAUCCAGAGCCAGAAGACACGGGAGAAGAAGUAGAGGGAGAGGAAACCGAGAAAGUAGAAAAUGAGGGUGAAACCGAGCCAGAAGAACAAGAGAAAGUAGAAGAAGAAGAGGAGUUUCACUCUGACGUAUCAGUUGAUGGGGAAGACUACAUCCCUCCCGGAGGUCUGCUUGUUCCAGGCUUGUAUUCCCCACCAAAUGACUUGGCGAAAGCGAAUGCUCUCUCCUAUUUCUAUCCCAAGAUAGUGUUGGAGUUGACUCCUAUUGAGUCUGAGCACCUCCCACCUCACGUACUAGUCAUGUUCUCAAUUGACAAAAGGCUGGAUGUCAAAGAGGUCAUGGACACCUUCCCAGAUGAAAUUCUGAAUUAUGGUAUCUUCGUCGGUGAUGAUCCUUAUUCGGCCGAGCAUCUUGCCUUCACUAUAAAGCAAUAUGACAAAAUGACGAGACCUAGGAAGCACAAAGACCGCUUAGCCAUAAUGGUGUCCCGCAAACGGAGUCUACCCCUACUACAAUUGGCAGGCCUCAAUCCUUGUUACAUUAGCUCUGACGUCACAUCCGGUGAACGUGAAUGCCUAACCCUAUUUCCUGUCGGUUACGGAGACGAAUACGUUGAAGAGGAAAGUAUUAAGGAAGAGGAGGAAGGGGAGGUAGUGGCGGUGACAGAAGCAGUAGAUACUGUUGAACCUGACGCCCCUGACGAGGCAAAAGAAGAUGAGGACGAAGAUGAAGAAGAAGAUUAA